GCCCCUCUCUCUCUGCACCCGUCUGUAGCCAUGUCCUUCCUUCGAUUACGUUUCUCCGUCGUCGUCUCCCCUCGCUGUCGACGGUAGCUGCACAGAUGUUCGUCCUUCUGCGUGCCUGAGCCAUGUCCUUCUUUCGAUAAGCCCACCUGUCUUUAUCUCGUUUGGCAGCGAUGGCGGCGAUGGCGGCUAGGGGGACAGGGGCGGCUAUGGUGGACUUCAUGGCGUGUUUGAAGCGGUCGAACUACCACUAUGCAUGGCAGGGGCAGGUGUGUAAUUUCCCUUCCGUGUCUGUCUUCUUCUCCCGCUCUCCUCCUCGCUUUCGUCAUCUAGUUGCGUGGUCAGUUUCGUUAGCCAUUAUGUCUGCGAUCUGCACUGCCGGGGCGACCGAGAGCGGGCGACCGGUCGCCCUCGAGGGCCAUUCUCCCACGUCCACCUCCGGCCCCGCUGGAGGUGAACUAGCUUUUCGGGGGCUCCCUCAGGCUAAGCCUAGCUUGGCUAUGGCGUCGACUUCCACGACUGCUCCCGCCGCCGACGGUAAACUGUCGUCUCGCCUCCUUCAGGCGAACCCUAGCUUGGCUAUGGCGUCGACGGAACCAGGUUUGUCAGAGACGCAGCCGUCCUCCUCCACGUUGACCCUGCUGAAUGACACACUAAUCACUUCUGGCGGAAUCGUGCUCCUGCAAUCGCCCGUGAAUCCCUUUCUCCCAUACGGACCCAAUGACGAUUCCAAUCAGAGGUUAUGUUAUACGGUGAUGUACGACAUAUUGACUGUUUCCAACUCGUCUAAGAUUUACUACAUUCUCUAUGAGUAUUGUAUCAUAGACAAUGAAUUAAGGCCUCAACGCUUCUCCAUCAGGAAAGCUGAUCUGGAAGAGGUCCAUCAAGGAUCGAAAACCCUCGCGGAGGAUGAAUUGAUCACCUAUUGGUGGCCAGAUACCGAAGCUCAAGGUCCGGCCUUAUCCAGGGGGUUCAUCCUUACCGCUUCAAAUGAUGCCAACGCUUCAAUGGCCAGCCUUUCGGGCAUGGAUGUCACAGCAAAUGAAGCGUACCUUAUCGUAUCGACUAGGGCGACAAACGGAGUGAGUGCGCCGUCCUUGGCGUCCAUCUCAACGAGCAAUGGCAGCCGAGUGUCCGUCAUCUCCCCAGUGGAUGGCGGCCUUAGCUUGAACCCGAAUAGUACACACCUUUUCCUCGCAGAUGGAGUUGUACCUUGUCGGAUCCUCUCCGCCGCCGUGGGGGAGUCGGGACUCCCCAUCAAUCCCGGCGAAUGGAAUACAGUCAGACAGUUUACGAGUAUGCUCAACGCAAACUUUGGGAGGCAGAGUUUCGUUGCUGAUGGGAGGUGUUUGUAUGUCCGAGACGAAUUCGGGGACCGAGUGUGGGGAAUCGAUCCGCUGACCUCCUCCUCGUCGUCCGCUGCCACUCUUGUCGCAGGCUCUGAGCUGCAUGGGUCUGACGAUGGCGAUGGGCUUAGUGCAUCCUUCGGCUCGGUGCUUGGUACCGUCACGACUGCCGAUGGCUGCAACGUAUUUGCCGCCGACUUCAAUAACGGCCUCCUGCGCUGGUUAAAGCUAGACUCGCCAUGCAGCACUGCGCGCCAAGUGGUCACGGUCGCCAAACACGCUAGCGAAGGCGUGCGCGCGGUGGCGCUUCAUGAAUACGGCGGCGAGCUGCUCUUGUACGUUUCCACCAGCGAUGGCGCCUUGUGGGCGCUCAAACUUAACAGAUCGGCACUGCAUGCUUGCGCACAUGCUGCGUCGACGACAGAAGACGAAACUCCUCCUCCUCCUCCUCCUCCUCCUCCUCCUGCUACCCCAGAGUCUCUCUCUCCCUCCUCCUCCCCCCCCAGUUCUCUAUCCUCCCCCUCCUCCAUCUCUCCGUCUCCUCAGUCUUAUACGGAAAGCAGUCCUCCUCCUGAAUCGCAAGGUCUCGACAAAAGGCAGUCCAAGACUUCUUCUUCCUCUCAGUCUCACAAUCUUGCGCUUGUCGUGGGGUUGCCCCUGUCCAGCCUUGCGCUCGUUUGCAGUGUCAUCUGCGUGGCGUACUUCGCGUGCAAAGCCUGCCGGGGGCAUGACGUAUGCAUCGGAAGGUCGAAAUCUCUUCCACGAAUGACAGGGACCCCCCCACCACCAACAACGGCGAUAGCGACAACCGGGGGUGUGUCAGGGGGGGAAGGCACGGGAGGGGUCGGGCACGGGGGUGGGGGUGGGGGUGGGGGUGGGGAGCCUAAGCCAGUCGAAGUGCAGCGCUUUCCGCUCGCAGUGCUUUCGCAUUGCACGGAUGGAUUCCGCCAAAGCCUUCGGAUUGGGGACAGGGGGGCUUUCGGUGACGUCUACUGGGGUUUGAUCGGCGGAAAUCAGCAAGUGGCAAUCAAGCUGAUGUCGGGGGAGCUUACCCCCGCCAAGCGCAGCAUGUUCGAGGCGGAAGUGAACACUCUCAGUCGACUCCAUCAUGCCAAUCUCGUCAGAUUGAUCGGGUACUGCGACGAGGGGAAGAGGUCCAUCCUUGUGUACCCCUACUUUCCAGGUGGCAGUCUGUACGCUCGGCUUCACGACGGAGAGAAAGCCGUUCCCGGUAAACCCCUUCUCCCAGCAUUGACGCUGGUCGAGCGGAUGUGCAUCGCCCUCCAGAUUGCCAAAGGGCUCGCCUAUCUUCACGAUGGAGCUGACCCUCCGAUCAUCCACCGGGACAUAAAGAGCAGCAACGUGCUUCUGGGCGAUGGCGCGGGGGAGAAGCUCCGCGUCGUCGUGGCGGAUUUCGGCCUCGCUACCAUCGGAGAGAGGGUGUUUGGGAGAGAACACGAGACGGUGGUGAAGAGCUCUCAUAUGGCAGGAACGUUCGGAUACAUGGCACCCGAGUACGUGCGGUCAGGGAUUGUCUCCGAGAAGAUGGACGUUUACGCUUUCGGCGUGAUCCUGCUGGAGCUGCUCACGGGGAGGAAGGCGGUGUCGCUCGCACCGUCUGGAGUCGGCUGGCUGACUCUCGUGAACUGGGCAAAGGCUCUUCUUGUAAAUCGCCAUGGGGGCCAAGCAGGCAUAAUGCUGUCCGAUUUUCUGGAUCCCUGCUUGAGGGAUGAGGCGGCGAGACUUGCCCUUGAGCACAUCGUGAUGGAGACUUUGCGCUUGGCAGCCGAAUGCCUUGCGGAUAACUACGAGUCUCGGCCGGCUAUGUGCACAUUAGCUGGCGCCAUCGCCGGCCUGCUGAACAGCGCGAACAUCGGUUGACAAGAGAGAGAGAGAGAGAGAGAGAGAGAGAGAGAGAGAGAGAGAGAGAGAGAGAGCGGCACACAAUGGAGUUCCGUGGCGGCUCAGAGUUGAGACAUCGCGUCCGCAUGGCUGAUGCAGAUGAGAAGCCGGUGGCGACGAUGCAGCGACCUCUGACCACGCACUCUUUUUUUUGCAUGACUAGUAGCUUUUGUUUUUUGCAUGACUACGUAGCUUUUGUUUUUUUGCAUGACUACGUAGCUUUUGUUUUUUUGCAUGACUACGUAGCCUUUGUUUUUUUGCAUGACUACGUAGCUUCUGUUUUUUUUGCAUGACUACGUAGCUUGUAAAAAGCGAAAGAAGAUGGGGUGGUGACAGGCUGUGAGGGUAGAAUGAGCAACGCUACGGUCGUCCACGCAAUACCACGUGGCGAGGGACGGUCAUUACCGCAGUCAGUACCUAGACUCAAAGGUGCCCCAAAUACCUAGCUUUAAUCCGCGCGUUCUAUUUUGCGCGGGAAGACGCGAUCAUGAAAGCCGUUCAAGACGAUAAAUGGCGGCCAGGCGG